CCCCGACCGAACUCCAGCGCCGCGCACGAUCAAAUCGAAAAUGGCGCUGCUGAGCCCGCGCGUGCCGCGGCUGCCGCCCUCCACCUUCACCGCCGGCGCCGGCGCCGCCACAGCCGCAGUCGGGAUCCGGUGCUGCGGCCGUGGCGCGCGGUGCCAGGCGACGGCAGCGGGCGGCGUGGCGGCCGCGGGGCCCCCGUCGUCGGAGCUGGAGGCCAUCAAGUGGGGCAGCGCCAAGCUGCAGGGCGCCCGCGACGAGAUGGAGGACGAGGUCGUGCUCCGCACGGGCUGCCUCCUCGACGGCUUCUCCUUCGCUGCCGUAUUCGAUGGCCACGCUGGCUUCUCCGCCGUCAAGUUCCUCAGGGACGAGCUGUACAAGGAGUGCGCGGCGGCGUUGGACGGUGGCAAGGUACUCAGUACCAAGAAUCUCGAGGCCAUUACGGAUUCCAUCCAACGUGCCUUCGCUGCGGUGGACGCCAAGCUCUCCACCUGGCUCGAGCAAAUGGAGAAGGACGACGACUCUGGCGCGACGGCCACGGCCAUGUUUCUCAGGAACGAUGUCCUUGUUGUUUCGCACAUUGGGGACUCUUGCUUGCAGGUGAUAUCCCGUGAUGGAAGACCUGAAGCUUUGACCGGCUCUCAUCGACCAUACGGGAACAACAAAACGUCCCUUGAAGAGGUCAAGCGGAUCAGAGCAGCAGGUGGAUGGAUUGUUGAUGGGCGCAUAUGUGGAGACAUUUCUGUAUCUCGUGCUUUUGGGGAUAUAAGAUUUAAGACACGAAAGAAUGAGAUGCUGAUGAAAGGAGUUAAAGAAGGAAGGUGGACUGAAAAGUUCAUCUCACGAAUAAAAUUUAAAGAGGAUAUAAUAAUAUCGUCACCUGAUGUAUCUCUGAUAGAGCUUGGACCAGAUGUGGAAUUUGUUCUACUAGCUACUGAUGGUCUUUGGGAUUACAUUAAAAGCUCUGAAGCUGUAGCUUUUGUCAGAGAUCAACUGCGUCAACAUGGUGAUGUCCAGUUGGCCUGUGAGGCACUUGGUCAAAAAGCUCUGGAUGAACGGUCACAAGACAAUAUUAGCAUAGUCAUAGCUGACUUGGGGAGGACGAACUGGAAGGCGUUGCCAGUUGAAAGGCCAAACUUGUUCUUGGAACUAAGUCAAGCGGUUGUGACUCUAGGGUUUGUCUCAAUUGGAAUCUGGUUUUCGUCAUUCCUUGCAUUACAGUAAGUAGGACUAGUUCUGUUCAGAUGUGUACAUUACUUAUCGAAUUGCAUCUUCCGCUUGUAUAGCUGCAAGUAUAUGUACAUUCUUAUAGGGUUGAUUAAUAGGGUAAUCUAUCUGAUAAUUGUGAACAUGUGAAGUACCGACGAAGAUCAGCUGAGUGGCAUUGAGUCCGUUGGGACGAAAUGAAUUAUAUGUCUGGAUUUCCUUUUGCUU